AUGGAGAAGAUGCUAGAGAGAGAAGAGAAGCAAGGCAAACGAUGUGUUGUUGGAGGAGCUCCUCGUGAGUCAUCGCCUCCACUGCAUGGAGGCAUGGAGGAGUGCGUCCGACUUCUGCAGGGAGGUUCCGAUGAGGAGAAGUUUGCCGGGCUCAUGCUUGUUCCCAAAGUUGCGCAGUCAGACAAACUUGAAGAUGUCCGUAGAAUCUACAACGCUCUCGGCCUGACAUUCAUCUGCCGCCUCCUCCUCAGUCAAGGAGACGAAGACACCGUCCUGCUCUACCAGUGUGUGGCCUUGCAGGUGCUGGGGGUGUUCUGUGCUGCGCAGGAGGUCUGGCCAGACUUGAGACAAGACAAGCAGUUCAUGAAGAUCACCCCUCAUCUCUCCCGUUGCCUCAACAACUCCACGCAUCCUGCCAUGGAGAGCCUGCUGACGGCGCUGCUGUGCUGGUCCUCCUUCGAGGAUUCCAGGGAGAUCCUGUGCGACAAGGACGUUCCUGUGCGGCUGACGGAACUUAUCAAGACGAGCCAGGACAAGGAGGGGAAGGAGAGGCUGUUUGCUGUGCUAGAUCACCUGAUGGACCCCUCCCGCUUCCCUCAGUCUGCCAUGAAAGUCCUCAAAGGCCUCUCUGACAUCUUCGGUCACAACAUGGGGAUGGAAAAGAUCGACGCUCUACCCCGCAUCAACGUCCUCCUCUCCUGCUCCGAACCUCAGUUCUGCUCCCUGCUCGUCGGUGACGGACAGAUUCAGCCAUGGCAGGAGAACAUUCGCGAGGGCUUGCUGGAGCUGCUGCGGAACCGGCUGGGAGGAGUCUACCGCUCCAGCAUCUUCAUGGCAGCCCUGCACAUGUUUGGGCAGCUGGGGGAGAGGUGGGCGUUUCCAAAGGAGCUUGAGCGGGAUGGGGCGCCGGACGGGAAGUUUUUGCAGCUGCUCCUCGGGUUUGCCAAGUUGGACCUGAGGGAGAGGCUGGAGGCGAAGGUGAAGCCCGAGGACAACCAGCAGAUCGUUCCGAUGGUCCUGGCGCUGGUGGAGAAGAUUAUCCACAUGCUCGGGGAGAGUCUGGAUGAGGAGGAGGAGGGGCAAGGGGGCAAGGGAGGGGACUUGUACAGGAUCAGGAACAUGGAUGUGCAGAGGCUGCUGUACAUGAAGGCAGACUUCGAGGAGAGCGUGAAGGCUGUGUUCUGGUACCUCGACGAGAUGGUAGAGAGCAACAAGUUUGAAGACCCUCUGCUAAUCCCCAUGGCUCGCCUCCUCGGCCUCUGGUUCCUCGAGGUGGACAGCGACGAGUUCGACGAGCAUUUCUGCUCGACCCUCCCCGUCCUCUGCCACUUCCCCCCGCGCAGGGGCAGCGUCAGGAUCCGUGCUCUGCACUACCUCCUCCCUUGCCUGACCGAGAUGGUCACGAGGGACAAGGUGAUGGACACGUUCGUGCGCUACAACGGGCAUGUGUCCACAGCUCAGAUGCUGCUGGAGGCGCUGGAGGAGGACGAGAAAGUUGCCGAGGACCUGGACGACGUGAGCUUGACUGACCGCUGCUCUGCCGGGGUGACCCUCCUGUCUCGGGUGUUCGGGUUCCGUCCUGACGCGGUCGCUUCCUCCCCCGUUGCCUUCAACGAGCUGGUCUGCCAUCUCAGCGAGCAAGCAGAGCUCGCAUGCGGGAGUGUUGGGCACGAGGAGGAGGAGGAGGCCGGGGUAGCGAUCCUCUUCAUCUCGCUCGCGUUCCAGGUGUGGAGGGGCGUGAAGGAGGUGGGAGAGAAAACUUUCCUCGGAGCUGAGUUCGGUUACUGCAAACUUCUAGCCGCCCACCUCCUGCCCUGGUCGCAGUUUCACCUGGGGUCUCUCUGUAUGCUGUCGGCUGUGGAGGCCGCAAAGGUUCACCCUCGGCUGCGAGCGAGCAUGCGGGAGGCGGGGAUGCUGCAAGUGCUGGAGAGGGAGGAGGAGGAGGGCGGUGAAGGGAUCAAGGACAAGGGUGCCUGGAAGCAGCUGCGGGAGGUGCUGAGGAGAGAGGAGGGAGGAGAGGAAAGGGGGAAGGAAGGAGUGGUGAUGAAGAAGGCAGAGAGGAGGGGGGUGCAAGAGGACUUGUCUCAGAGGGCUCCUGCGUCGCAGCCGCAGUUCCCUCGGAUCGACUGGGACGCUGAACUUUACGAUCUCAACGAGGACGCGGUGUGGGCAGGGAGGAAGGAAAAGCUGGAGAAGCUGAUGAAGGAGAUGGAAGAAGCCGGAGUGGAGUGGCCCAAGGAGGGCAUCCUCGACGACCUGGACUGA